CCCCAAAUCCCAAAUCCCAAACCCUACACGAAUCAGUGCAGCCUCCAGCGCCAACGCAUCGAGCUCCGCUUCUGCCUUCCUUCCGCGCGCUACUCCGGCCAUGGCUGAACCCGAGGUGGCGGUGGCUGCAGCCGCAGCCAUGGAAACCGAGGCGCCGGCAGCCGCUGGUCUGAAGCGGGAGCGGGAGGAAGUGGGUGAUCCCGCCGCUGAGGGCGGCAAGGCGGCGACGGAGGAAUCGGCAGCGGCCAAGAAGCCGAAGGUAGAGGGGGAGGUGAAGGUGGAGAAGGAGAGGGAGGAUGGCAAGGGAGAGGAGGCGGAGGGGAAGGCGGUGAAUCUGGGGCCGAAAGAGUUCGCCUCGGCGGUCGAGAUGUUCGAUUACUUCUUUGCCCUGCUUCACUCCUGGACGCCUCAGCUUGACUUCAAUAAGUAUGAACAAAUGGUGUUGGAGGACCUGCUUAAGAAAGGCCAUGCUGAACCCACUAAGAAGAUCGGGCCAGGAGUUGAAGCAUUUGAGAUCCGCAACCACCCGGUGUGGCAAAGCCGCUGCUUCUUUGUUCGUAGAGUUGAUGGAUCUGCGGAUGAUUUCAGCUUCCGCAAAUGUGUUGACAACAUACUGCCUCUCCCUGAGGACAUGAAGAUUGGCAACGGCAAGAAGUCCGGCGGCCACCAUAAGGGUGGUGGGGGCCGAGGAGGACGAGGAAGGGGGCGAGGUGGUGGGCGCGGAGGGCGUGGCCGGGACAGGAGAGGUGACUAGGAACUUACUAAGCCCUGCAAUUUUGCCUGUUUAAUGCCCCUGGUGUCAUGAAAAUGAAGGGCAUUUACCUUAUUUGGUGUGAUCUUGUUAGCCUGUCCUAAAGACCUAUGCCGACUUCUGUACCGUGAAACUGCGAUAUGAUCUAUGCGUAAUGCUUGCGCCAUGAUGUUCUUAA